AUGCGUCAUCCUCAUCGUCAUCACUCACAACAUACAAUAAAAUCGACCGGCUCGGUGUCGGUAUUACCAACAAAAAAAAGUUAUGCAACAAACGCAUUAAUACCGGAGACCGGACUUGCUAAUGGCCAACAUGUUUUCUUAAAAAAUAAUAAUAUUAAAGCCCUCGAACGUGGAAUUGUUGGAGAGUGCUUUUACUGCCUCAAACUAUCACAUCACAAUAUCAUGAUGAUGGGGUCGUCAUCGUCGUAUUGUAAUAAUGUGAAUGUAGUUGAACAAACUUUGACUUUGCACUUUGAAAAUAUGGUUCGGUUCGAAAUGGACCUAAGAAAUAAGUUUACGUUGGCAUUUGUGGUGGUAACUCUGUUUUCAUUGAUUGAUGGUGACGGAUUGCGGCUGCCAGAUCAACAAUCAAGUCCAAAUAUUCAUCCUCUACAACAAUUACACCAGCAACAACAACAACAACAACAAAUACCACAACAACAACAACCUCAAAACAUCAACAUAAACAAUAACAAUGGAGGAGGAGUUCCAAAUUUUGGUGAAGAACGUGGUAGACAAGGCAAAGGACUAUUGGAUUUAUUCGGAUUGGGAACUGGAGCUAAUGUCGAUCCUUACAUUGCCAAGACAAAUCAAAAUUGUUUAACUGGUGAUUUGUCGGAGUGUUUCAAAACACAAGCAUUGAAUAGUUUCGAUGAGAUAUUUGUUCGAGAAGCAUAUACACUUUCAGAUUUUGCUCGUGUUGUAAGGACACCAGAAUCACAACAAAGAUCACUUUUUAAUGAACCAUUUGAAUUUUCAUCAGAACCUAGAGAUAUUGAUAGCGAAUGGGAUCAAUUGGUUAAAUAUGCAUUGAGGAGGGCUGAAAGAUUCAUCAAGACAACCGCUUUGGAAGUUCAAUUGCCUGAAGAGAUAACCGAGGGUGGAAGGUAUCAGGCGCGUUUCAUUGGAGAUAUCGACAGUGAGCUUGAUGUCAUUGAAGACAAACAUGCCCCUCUUUUAAAUCGUAAAAAGUUGAAGAAACUUUUUAUUCCAUUGUUGUUGGUUUUGAAGAUUUUCAAAUUGAAACUUCUGCUUUUCCUGCCUUUCAUCUUGGGCAUUGCUGGACUUAAAAAAAUACUCGGAUUGGCUGCUAUUAUUUUGCCAGGACUUUUUGCUUACUUUAAAUUGUGCCGGCCUCAGGGUUUGGGCACCGGUGUUGGUGGAUUUGGUGGACUAUUCAAUCAGAAAAACAAUUUCCCAGAAUAUAGUCAACAAGGAAUUGGUUCGGCAAGCUAUCAUCAUCAUGAGCAUUUUGAUGGAGGCAAUGGCAACCCCUUCUAUCGGCAGGAACCAUCAUUUGCGAAGCCUUAUACAGAGUAUUAUAGUAAGAAUACCAACACAAAUGGUAUUAGUUUUGGAGAGCCAUCACAUCAGCAAGAUUUAGCGUAUCAGGGCUAUUCACAGCAAUAUGGUAGGAGUACGAACAAGGAUAUUAAGAGCACAAACUAAAGGAAUAAGUUGUUGAUUUUC